UGGUUACUCAGUCAGAGAAACAGUUUGCAUCUGAACACCAGGUUGAAAGGAGAGUCACUUUUAGCUCGAAGACAUGCUGGAUCAGGUAGUGCUCAUUGCAGGAGUAACGGUGUUGGGCGUGUUAGAGCAAGCUUACUUCUCUCUACAGGUGAUUUACGCCAGACGCAAGUACUCUGUCUCCCCACCCAGCACCUCAGGGCCUCCAGAGUUUGAGAGAGUCUUCAGAGCUCAAGCCAACUGCUCUGAAUAUUUCCCAAUCUUCAUCAUCAUCCUAUGGGUGUCUGGACUCUUCUUCAGCCAAGGUCUGUCAGCACUAUGUGGACUCCUAUACCUGUACGGGCGCUACCAGUACUUCAGGGGCUAUGCUAAAUCGGCACAUGGACGACUAGCCCCUCUGUAUUUCAGUGCCAAGGUUCUGUGGGUUCUGAUUGGGUUCUCCGCCCUGGGGAUUCUGGGUUCUAUGUGUCGGUUCUACCUGGAUCUGGACCUGAAGCAGCUCGCCAGCUCUGUCCUCGACCUAACUGAGGAAGAGGGUGGGGGACUAUAAGGGAUGAGCAGGAGGAGAAGCGCUUAAAGGAGAGAUGAUGGGAUACACUGACAACUGUAGACAAGCUACCUUCAUUUCCAAAUCAAGACAACUAAAUGGAAUGGUUGAUUGAAGUAGGGAAAGAUGUGUUCCAACCUUGAGCUGCAGGUUUGAAAUAAUAGAAGUGUCCGGUCUAGGCCUAUCGUAGGCUAUUUUACCAACUGCUUGUGUGCCAUUUAGAUUAAGGUUACAGUCCCCCUAAACCAAGGCAUGUUUCAGACUGAAAUAUGGAACAAAAACCAUUGUUUUGAUGGAAAAAAAACAGGGUAGGCCUAUUCAUUAAUUAGUAAAGUUAGUUUCAUCUUUUCCAAAAACCUGCAGUCCAAGUGAUAGCUCAUAUCAAACACAGCCAAAAGAAAACACCUGCCAAAUGUGGGUAUCUAAUGGUUAAGAAGGGAAACAUUUAAGCUUUCUAAUGCUGUUAACUGUAUGUCUCAUCUCAUACUAUUAAGUGGAUUACUCAUACUAUUAAGCGAACAGUGAUAUUGAUUUGAAAGAAGCACCUGUUUGGGUAGCGUGAGUCGCAGCUCAAAUUGCGCUUGUAGUCCUUCAUUUAGCAAACCACCUUGCAACUCCAGUAGGCCUAAGUGUUUUUCAAUUUAGACAGAAUAUAGGCCUAAGCAUUUUAUUUAGUUGUCCAGUGUGCUGUCUGACUAGUGUGCUAGCUAGUCAGUGUGUUUAGUCUCAUUAAUUUGCCAUGAGAAAAAGGCUUGUGGAAAAAGCAACUCCCUUGCUGUCAUUAUUGCAAAAUAAUAAAAUGUAAUCUUACUUCACUUGUCUACUAUUAGGUUACUGUAGAAGGUUAAAAGUAUAUAAAUUAUCCACAUGUCCUUAUAAAAUUAGCAUGCAAUUUUUUUAACUGAAAAAAUGUGGUUAGACUGUCGUAUGUGUGCUGAUGCAUCCAAACAAUGUUAAAGCCCCAUGCUUAUUUUAUUUUGAAAUCAUUGUAUGUCUAAAUCUGUUCAUCUAUUGAAAAUAACUCAAUAUAUUUAUAAUUUAUUUCCCAGGGUCUCUUUUUGCCAUUGAAAUGUUCAGUCUGAUAUUGUGGGUGUGUUGAUAAAAAUGUAAAGAUCUUUACAUACUCAGCCCUGAUUGGUGGCUAGAAUCAUCUAGACCAGGGAUGGGCAACUGGUGCCCCAGCCCUCCCUUUGUAGGCCCGCGGACCAAUUUCCAAAGACCAAAGAAAAGAUUGUUGCGAUCUAAACUUGCAUUAAUCAUGGUUGAAUUACCAAACAUUUCUCUCCACUCAAAUACAAAAUGUGUAGAAUUGCAGUAAGUUAGCUGUAAAACUGCAAAUUUUUCUCUGCCCCAUGGCAAAAUGAGUAGAAUUGCAUGAAAUUAUUUAUAAAAUGGCUAAAUCUUCUCUCCACUCAAUUGCAAAAUAUGUAGAUUUUCAGCAAACUUGCUUUAAAACUGCAAAUUUUGCUUAGGGCCUCAAUGGCUAGGGUCUGCUCUGACUGCAUGUCUGGGUAUGCAGACCCACGAGCCACUAUGGCCUCCCA